AUGCAAACAUCGCUUCUACAGCAAGACCGAGGCACCGGCGAACGGCUCGAGCCGGCGACGACCACCUUUGUCGAAAGUCCAUCGAAUAGAGAACCUCCAGCAUCAGAAAUCAGCCCCUUAGACAGCCAAGCCUCUCCUGCCGUUUAUUCACAGCGUCCAUCGACUUAUGAAGCUGCAGAUCAGGUAUUUCGGCAAAGCUAUCAAGCUUCUGGACUGCUCUCUGCCGCCGAUGCUAUUCCCGGAGGUUCCAGUAUCAUUAGACAGACACAACAAAAACGGAUCGAACUACCUCUGGGAGAUGUGCUCGGCACUGAGGUACCUCCGAUCGCCAUCAUAGACUUCCUGCUCGAUACAUAUCUCAGUUCAGUUCACUGGUUCAUGUCUGUCAUCCACGAGCCCACUUUGCGUGCCGAGAUCCACGACAUUCUCGCCCGAAAUUCGGUUCCAGAUCACCGCAGGCUCGUGCCCAUCUUGAUGCUUGUCAUUCUUGCUUUCAGUGCUCGUUACGCGCAGCAAGAUGCUGUCAAGCAAAUUUUGCCUGGAUAUGACUUGUUAGAGAUGGAGCCUCUAUGGAUCAAGCGGGUGGAAGAGAAAUUGCUGGACGUUCUCGAGGAUGGCGGCAUCGAGGCUGUGCAGAUCGCCAUCAUCCUGAAAAGCUACUACCUGUACGGCAACCGUCCAAAGCGUAGCUUUGCAAUUCUCGGUGCCGGCAUCAAGGUUGCUUUAUCGAUGAAGCUGCAUCUUGAGGGCACAUGGACUGUGGCCGACCCAGUGCGCAGGGAGGUACGACGACGCGUCUGGUGGUCGCUGUACGUGGCGGACGUAUGGGCUGCGACGAUAUAUGGAACUCCCUGCAAUAUUCACGACGACGACUGGGAGGUAGAGCUUCCUGGCACGAUUGACGAUGGCAUCCCACGAUGCCCAAUGUUUAACUCAGAAGAAAAUUUUGAUGGUCGGACUUUCGGCCCCGUCACGAUCUUCUCCUACCAGCGGUACAAAUUCAGGCUCUACAAAAUUGCCUUUUCCAUCAUCAACAACGUAUACACACAUCAGAGGGUUUCUCUCGCUGACACCAUCGGCCAUAUCAAGCGACUGGAUCAGAGGCUUCUGUAUUUGGAGUCGCAGAUUCCGCCUGAACUGCGCCUCGGCACCAUCGAUAGCAAUACUGCCACCUAUGACGAGACGGUGAAGGUGUUUCAGCGACAGGCGUUGGUACUGCAACUGUCGCUGGACAAUUUUAAACUGCUUCUCCAUCGCCCACUCCUGACAUUGAAUAGGCUUCAACGGCCUCUCAUGGAGCCUCCGCGCGCAGUACACUCUUCGAACGACCCGGAAACGCAUGUGAUCGACGAAAUGAUAAAAGUCAGCAAAUACCGAUGCUGGGACGCGGCCGUGCGAACGUCACGCAUUGGUCGCUUCACGCGAACAUUGAGCGGAACACGCUACACUCUCGGGGCUUCAUAUAUCAUGAUACAAGCCUUCACGGCAGCCAUUGCACUUGGUAUCUUUGCACUUUCUGAUCCAGCGUCUAGACAAGCCUACGAAGCCAAGGGGGCUAUCAGCAAGAUAAUGGGCUUUCCCAAGAUCUAUGGGUAUAGAUCCGUCAUGUUCGAUCAAUGUACAGCCAUUCUGGAAGAGCUGAUCCGACUCAUUCUGAAUGCAGAGAUGAGAAGCCUCGUCUCAAAUACCACCAGGGAUGCGACUCCAACAGAGCUCGGCACUAAUGCGUUUCCGACACAGGGCAAGCAAAUAUCCGCGUCGGAAGCAACAGAUACAAGCGCUGUCCAGCACAGUGAAGACGCCCUUCCGCGAGCCUUGCCAUCCCUAAACAUGGUUGAGGAUAUCAGCUACGGCAACUUUAGCGAUGCUCUCCUCUCGCUUCAUGACGCCUUCAACGAGGCCCGACACGUGACUGGAGUCGCACCAGCGACCGAGAAUGUGAAUAUGCCUCCAGGCCAAGGUAUUGAACUGCAACCGGAUGGUGGACUCGGCUCGUCUGCGUGGGCGUUCGGGACGGAGUCUCAAGGCUGGAUAUGGGACGAGUUCUGGCAAGUUCAGGAUCUCCCUUUCUCGCAGCUCGACCCAAGCUGA